GCAAAAGAGUAUGAAAUUCCCCAUUGUUCUUUACAAAGACAAAAAUCUAGCCGUCCAUAAAGCGAGACAAACAACUCUAUACGCAUGAUUUGUUAUGCUUUUUUUAAUUUCCUUCCAAAUUAUUUGAGAAUGUCUUUAUUAAAACAAAACAAAAUCAGUCACUUCUGCAAAAACCCAAAUCUAUUAGCUGUACUAAGAUAGCAGCCACUUCUUCCCACAGCAAUGAUCUUGAUCAGGGUUAUUGGUUUUCUGGCGAGAAGGGCUAUGGUGUUAUGGUCCUGACAUAAAGAUAUUGGAUUGGUCUGUGACAUACCCAAAUUUGCUUUGUUCAGCCUUAAGGAUUUUCUGCUUGUUGAUUUUUUGAUAAAAGAGGGUGAUGGCCAAUCUAAAUGCCUCAACGACCUUAGUUCCUUCAGAGUCCUCGGAUCAAAGGCGUACACUUAUGGUGGACUUAAAUGUGAAUGUACUUCAACCUUCUAUGAACCAGCAAAACCGAACAUCAUCCCAUGAUGGUCCUGUGGCUAUCCUUUGGGAUAUAGAGAACUGCCCUGUCCCUAGUGAUGUACGCCCUGAAGAUGUAGCGGGGAAUAUAAGAAUGGCUUUGCGAGUGCAUCCUAUAAUUAAAGGAGCUGUUGUGGUGUUCUCUGCAUACGGGGAUUUUAAUGCCUUCCCCAGGAGACUCAGGGAGGGCUGUCAGAGAACUGGAGUCAAACUCAUAGAUGUCCCAAAUGGAAGGAAGGAUGCCGCCGACAAGGCUAUCUUGGUUGACAUGUUCUUAUUUGCCCUCGAUAACCCCCCACCUUCAUCUAUCAUGUUGAUUUCGGGGGAUGUUGAUUUUGCUCCGGCUCUUCACAUUCUUGGUCAACGUGGCUAUACAGUCAUUCUUGUUAUUCCUGCUGGAGUAGGAGUUUCAUCUGCACUGAGCAAUGCCGGUAAUUUUGUUUGGGAUUGGCCUAGCGUUGCUCGUGGGGAAGGCUUUGUACCUCCAUCUAAGGCCAUAAUGCCUCCUCAAGGAGGACCAGCUGAUAUUGCCGGGUAUUUCAUGGGCUGCCAUAUUAGUGACAAUCCAGAUGGCCAAAAUGAAGAAGAGGCAAUAGUUUAUCGGGGCAUUUCGAAAAGCUAUUACAACUCAAGAGAUUUCUCGAUUGUGUCGCAAUCUUUAUCUGAAUAUACAAGUAACUCUUCAAUAGCCAUACCUUUGUGCCCUACAACUUUGAGGUCGCAAAGUCUCCCAUCUGGUUUGAAUGAAGUGUCAGGAUGUCCGAGCACUUAUGAUCAGAAUGACACUAUGUGGGUACAGCCCGGAGACAUAAAUGGGUUAAAGGGACAACUGGUGAAAUUGCUUGAACUUUCAGGAGGAUGCAUGCCCCUUAUCCGUGUUCCAGCCGAGUAUCAUAAGUUUUUCGGAAGGGCUCUUUACGUAGCAGAGUAUGGAGCAUUCAAACUUGUUAAUCUUUUCAAAAAGAUGGGUGACACACUAGCAAUUGAUGGAAAAGGUCAUAAGAAAUUUGUCUACCUUCGAAAUUGGAAAGCCUGCCCAAGUGCACCUCCUUUGGUUUUAACAAGGAAAGAUAAGAAGGGUAAGGGGAACCAGGAGGAAAGUGUGGACAUUGCUGCAGGUGUUGGCUCUUCUGAUGAGUUCUCCGAUGAAGAAAGAGUGGUAGUUGAAGAACAUUACGAGAAGAGGAAUGAAGGAAGAACCAACUUUGGGGAAGCAGAAUGUGAAGUCGAUGACCGUAACCUCGAGCAAUUUAAAUAUGAGUUGCAGGAAAUUCUCGUGAGUUAUUCUUGCCGAAUUUUCUUGGGUUGCUUCGAAGAAAUAUACCAGCAACGAUACAAGAAAAUGCUGGACUACCAAAAGCUAGGCGUGGAGAAGCUGGAGGAGUUGUUUGACAAGGUGAGGGAUGUAGUCUUCUUGCAUGAAGAACCACUAAGCAAGAGAAAAUUUCUCUAUGCAGUAGGCAGAUAGAAGAAUCUGACAAAGCCUUUUAUUUUAAAAUAAAAACAAAAAUACUAGAAUAGAUCUUACAAUUGAGCUAAUGUUGAUCAAUGUUUGGUCUCUGAUGUCUUUCUUUUUUCCUGGAAUUUUUUUGCCAAGGUUUCAUAAGAUAUAGAUAGGAGAGGCUGGGAGCACUUUUAUUAUUGUCGUGCAUUCAUACAUGGAUUUGAAGGUUGAACUUUCCAUGUAUUUCCCAUGCCUUUGUCAUUUGUAAUUGGUCAACCACCAAUGUAGAACUCCUGUAAAUUAUAUUCCAGCUAUAAAUCCUUUGUUUUUAUA